AUGAGACUUUGUGAUGCUCCUCCGGAAUUACUGGAAAUGAUAAAACGUUCAGAAAUGAAGAAUGAAAAGUCUUUACCGGAAAAAUCUAUCACUUCUAAUACCGUUGUAAAGACCGUUUCAACAUCAACUAUAACAAAUAAUUCAAGUUUUCAUAAAAUUAUUACCUCUGAUGAAAAAAGGCACAGAUUUAGAAAGAAUCCUUAUCCAAAGAAAGCUCCUUCUAAAUCAUCUCCUGGGAUCACCCUUCAAGUGGAUGUUUACACGACACUUAAAGAAGAUCCAAAAGCUUUAUUGAGAAGAAGUGAUUCAUCAACAACAUCCUCAAUUUCAUCUAGUAGUUCCUUUUUAUCAUCAUUCAAUGAUAGUUCAUCAGGUACAGAAAGUUCUCCACCACAAUCACCACAACGUUCUUCAUCAAAGAAACAAAUCACUAAAACUAAAACAAAAACGAAACGAACAAAACCAAUUAUAUCUGAAAGAAAACGUAAAGGUAACAGUCUCGCUAGAGUUAUGGCAGAUCGUGGUCUCUUAGAAUCAACCUUAACUCCUAUAGUUGUAGCAGGAGAAAUUAAACCAAUUCGUAUACCACCACCUCCACCAAUGCAAUUUGAUGAAUUAAUGAAAAAUAUUGAACAACUAAAUCUUGAUUUAACUGUACUUCAACGUAUAAACCCAAAAAUCAGUUGGAAAGGACAACCUUUAUCCAUCUUGCAUUUACCUCAUUAUAAUUCAUUACAUUCAAAAGAAGCUCACGUAGCUUCAACUUUAAGACUUACUCCUGUUCAAUAUUUAACAGCCAAACACACAUUAAUUUCAUCUGCAAGGAGGUAUGUACAAAAAUCACUUCCGUUCCGUAAGAGUGAUGCACAGAAACUUCUUAGAAUAGAUGUUAAUAAAGCAAGUAAACUCUGGGAAUUUUUUAUGCAAGUAAAAUGGAUUUAA